CUAAUAUCCAAAAUAUAGUUUAAAACCACGACUCCUUCUUUCGGUAAAGUGCACCAAAACUUGAUUUUAGAUACUAUAGAGAAAACCAUAUUUAGCAUGUUACCGAUAAACCAGAUAUUGAGAAAAUGACCCUUUAAAUAUAAUUAGGCACAGUACCCAUUUCAAUGUUACAAAUUUUCAUAUAACGUGGCAACACUAAAGUACUACAAUGUUUUUGUUUAUAGCAAUUGUUUUUUUCGUCGCCAGCUUGUUGCAUAUAUUAGUGGGUGCAGAUUAUGAUUGGAGCAACUUUCACUUCACAAAUGUGUAGUCAGCAAACCAAUCCGGUUAAGCAUAUGACUGUUGUGCUGUAAUAUUCGCCAAAAAGUAAUAAAAGUUGUUAUUAGCGUAAAAGCUAAAAGCAAUAUAAUUUUAUUUAAUAAAUAACACAAUUUUUAAUAACUACAUGAGUGCAACGUCUACAUUAAAAAGCCGCAAUGGCAAUAAAGUUCUUAACAACAACGAUGCAGAAGUGCCUACCACAAAAAACCAAAAGAAGCUGACUAAUAGUUUUCAAAAUACUGAUGAUUCCGCUGGAAAUAAUUCGCGUUCAAUGGUGACCUUAAUAUUUAUUUCGCUUUUGUUUGACUUACUCGCUUUUACCAUGAUCCUCCCAUUAAUGCCUUCCUUGCUCGAGCAUUACCGUCAGAAUGACAGUUCGGGUUUGUAUAACUUGCUGACGCAGCGAAUACAUUGGUUUCAGCAACUUGUUGGGGCACCUGAACGUUACACAUCGGUGUUAUAUGGUGGCUUUUUGGGAUCUAUGUUCAGUUUUUUACAAUUUGUAGCUAGUCCCAUAGUUGGUGGGCUGUCUGACUAUUAUGGACGUAAGCCGCUAAUGUUACUUUGUGCGAGCGGUAUUGCGUUCUCCUACCUCCUAUGGGCUUUCUCCAGUAAUUUUGCACUUUUUGUACUAGCACGAUUUGUCGGCGGGAUCAGCAAAGGUAACAUAUCCCUUUGCAUGUCAAUUAUCACUGAUGUGUCCAGCGUCAAGACACGUGCAUUUGGUAUGGCACUUGUUGGUGUCGCUUUUUCGGUUGGCUUCAUUGCUGGCCCCACUAUUGGGGCCUUAUUUGCGCGUUCUUUAAAUAAAUCAGUGGGAUCUUGGUAUUUGGCACCUUCAUUAUGUGCCUUCGCAUUUGCUCUAUGUGAUUUAGGGAUCAUAGCAUUUGGUCUGAAGGAAACAUUACCAAAGGAAAAACGUGUAAAAGAGAUAUCAUCGGCGAUGUCAUAUGCAAUUCAAUUACUGGACGUGCGUUCAAUAUUCAA